AUGGCUUCCAGCAGCCGUGAUGGUGAUGAUGACGAUGGCGACGCGGCGCCCACUUAUACCAUCCCUCCGCGGAGACUCGGUGCGCUGGAACAUCCCCUGAUUAUCAAGGACCUCUCCAAGGGCAUUAAAACACUUGGCCCGAACAACGCCUUUCAAGCGAUCCUGGAUUCUGCCAGUCCUCAAAUCUCGGUGCCGUUGUACUUGCGCUACGAUAAUCCAACGGCAAGGCCCCUGACGUCGCACAAUGCUCUCACUCACAACGUGGUGCUGAAAAUUACAGUUCCCAAGCGCACCGGGAGGAAGCGCAAACGGUGUUCAGAUGGCCCCUGGGAGGGUGAGGUUGAGCCGGCAACUGGCGGCCAAGAUUUCCUCUCAUCUGCCAACGUCCUCUCCAGGGACAGGCAUGACAGCCCACGACUUCUCAGACGAAAACUUCAGGACAAUGUGGGAAAGUAUCAAGUCGAGCCGAUUGGUGUCAUCAACAACACCCACCGGUACAGGGGACUUGCCGAUUUUCAGUACGCCCUGGGAGAGUCCAAAUUCAUGACCAAAUUUGUCGACAAGGUACUUCCAGGGGACGUUGCCAAGCUCAAAGAAUUCAAGCUCCAGCCGGGCAUCGAGUCCGGCACCAACAUUGACCUGAUCCCGCCCCCGUCCUUCACUCCAAUGGGGCUCCCCUUUAGCUACAACUACGCCCAAAAUCCCUUCACCAAAGCGGUCAGCCCAGGACCAUCCGAUGCCUCCGGCAGCGGAUCCGAGGAUCAGGAGUACGACCGCGUCGUCAACCUCACCUCUCGAGUCCCCGCAGCGGGCUACUUCAUUGCGCACGAUGAGUACCCGGUCCCCACGGCGCCGCGCCGCCAACCCGACAUGUCCGACCCGCAAGUGGCCGCCAUCAUCACCGAGAUGCGCCUAGCCAUGGAGGAACGCCCCGUAUGGACGCGACGGAGCAUGUGGAACCGAUUGGGCAGCAAGUUCGCCGAGCUCCCCAAAAACGGCGGCCUCGUCCGCCACUGCCUGCAAUACGCCGGGUACCAGUUCAAGGGCGGCCCCUGGCGCGACGCUCUGGUCAAGUACGGCCUCGACCCGCGGUCUGAUCCCAAAUAUCGCAUCUACCAGACCCUAAUCUUCAAGCUCCACAAAACCCGCAUCGGCAGCGUCGGCCGCUCGUGGCAGGCCGUCCGCCGCAACGAGAUCGUCGUCUCCAACUUUGGCAAGGUCUCAGGAACGGGAAGCAACUACCCAGCCGCCGACCAGCAAGCCACCACCAACUCCUCCUCCUCCAAUUACACCGCCACUCCCUUCUACCUCAACACGCACAUAUUCAACGGCGAGGCCUUCAGCACCGACGGCAAAGUCUGGCAGGUGUGCGACAUCACGGACCCCCUACUGGCGCGCCUCUUCGCCGAGGCCGAAGUGCGCGAGACGUGCGAUCCAGAAGUUAGCGGCUUCUACUCGCGCGUGCUGUGGUCCGUCGCGAAAGCCAUCAUGAAGUGCAAGAUGCUGGCGAUCCGCUUCGGGCGGACCCUGACCGACGCCGACUUUGCCGACGCGCUCGAGGUGGUGCGUAACAGCAACAACCACCCCAACCUCGACGGUACCGACGGCAGUGGUGGUGGUGGCAGUGGCAGUGGGAAUACAAGCAUCGGCAUCACCCUGCCUGACUUGCACCUCACCCCUGCCGAGUGCGAGCAGCUGCGCGGCGGCAGGUCCCGGCCCCGCCCGGGCGCCAAGAAGUCCGCCAGAGACCGGUAUGAGGAGAAACGGAGAAAGACUCAUUACAGGGUCAGAAUCCCCAUCAAAGACAGCGAGGACCGUGAGGCGGUCAAGAUGAAGCGGCUCCUGACGCAGGCUGCCGCGGAGAGGAAGGCUGCUGCUGCGGCGGCGGAGGCGGAAGCGGAAGCGGAUUCGGGGGCUACGGCCGACGCCAUGGCUGGUGCGGGUGCCGCUGCUGCCGAGCCGAGGGACCCUUCAGCUGCUGCUACCGGCACUGGGGAUGAAGCGUCCUUGUGGCGCGAGGAGGGAAGGUUUGUGGUUGAGGAGGCCGCAGGUGCUCCUUCCGGGCCCAUUGUUAGCACAAGAGGUGCUCCGGAGGAAGAGGUGCGCGAGGAAGAACAGAGAGACACGGGCACGCUGCAAGAGUUUCUUGAUGAGAUGGAUGAGGAAGGGAGUGAGGAAGAUGAGGAAGGGGAAGAAGAAGAAGACGCCGAAGAGGAGGGAGACCUUAGUCCGGGCACGGGCAGGAAAAGGGUCUCGUUUCAGGUGGACGGGGAAGAAGAAGAAGAGGAGGAUGAGGAGGAGGAGGAGGAGGAGGAGGAGGAGGAGGAGGAGGAGGUUGAGGAUGAGGAUGACGAAGAAGGGGAGGGUUUCAGCGGGUCCGAUGAAGUUGACGAGGAUGAAUAUGACGCUGUUGAGGAUGAGGAAGAAGAGUAUUAUGACGAUGAAGAAGCGGGUGGGGGCUUUCCGCGGCCUUGGGAGGAUGAGGAAGGGUACGAAGACGACCAGGUUGAUGAUGGCGUUGAGAAUGGCGAGCGGUAUUACGAAGAGUAG